CGCACCGGGAGGCGGGGAGCCGGGGCCCCGGCGGCUCGGUCCAGGUGCUUCCGGCUCCCACCGGACGGAGGCGUGCUCAGCCCUGGACUCACUCUCCCACGGAAGUGUGUUUAGGCGCACCGGAAGCCACCUAAGGGGGUGAGCCAUGGCGGGUUUGCCUGUUAGAGACCCUGCGGUGGAUCGUUCUCUGCGUUCAGUAUUCGUGGGAAACAUUCCUUAUGAAGCUACCGAAGAGCAACUGAAGGACAUCUUCUCUGAGGUUGGGCCUGUUGUUAGUUUCAGGUUGGUUUAUGAUAGGGAAACAGGAAAACCAAAGGGUUAUGGCUUCUGUGAAUACCAAGACCAAGAGACAGCACUUAGUGCCAUGCGGAACCUGAAUGGGCGCGAAUUCAGUGGGCGAGCACUCCGAGUGGAUAAUGCUGCCAGUGAAAAGAACAAGGAAGAACUGAAAAGCCUUGGCACUGGUGCACCCGUCAUUGAGUCGCCUUAUGGAGAGACCAUCAGCCCCGAGGAUGCCCCUGAAUCUAUUAGCAAAGCAGUUGCCAGUCUUCCGCCAGAACAGAUGUUUGAGCUGAUGAAGCAAAUGAAGCUCUGUGUCCAGAAUAGUCCCCAGGAAGCACGAAACAUGUUGCUUCAGAAUCCACAGCUGGCUUAUGCUUUGCUACAAGCGCAGGUAGUGAUGAGAAUUGUGGAUCCUGAGAUUGCCCUGAAAAUUCUGCAUCGCCAGACAAAUAUCCCAACGCUGAUUUCAGGCAACCCUCAGCCAGUCCAUGUUGCUGGGCCUGGCUCAGGACCCAAUGUUUCAAUGAACCAGCAGAAUCCUCAGGCCCCUCAGGCUCAAUCUUUGGGCGGAAUGCAUGUUAAUGGUGCACCUCUGAUGCAAGCUUCUAUGCCAGGUGGAGUUCCAGCCCCAGUGCAAAUGACAGCAGCUGUAGCAGGUCCUGGUCCUGGUUCCUUAGCCCCUGCAGGAGUCAUGCAAGCCCAAGUUGGAAUGCAAGGAGGUGGACCAGUGCCCAUGGAACGAGGACAAGUGCCAAUGCAAGACCCCAGAGCAGCUAUGCAGAGGGGAGCCUUGCCUGCCAACGUCCCAACUCCUCGUGGUCUGUUAGGAGAUGCCCCCAAUGACCCACGGGGAGGCACCUUAAUGUCUGUGACUGGAGAGGUUGAGCCUAGAGCUUACCUGGGACCACCACCACCACCUCAUCAGGGCCCACCCAUGCACCAUGUUCCUGGCCAUGAAGGCCGUGGACCACCCCCACAUGAUAUGAGGGGAGGUCCAUUAGCUGAGCCCAGACCUUUAAUGGCAGAGCCAAGAGGACCCAUGCUAGAUCAGAGGGUUCCACCCAUGGAUGCUAGAGGUGGAAGAGAUCCCCGAGGAUUAGAUGCACGAGGGCUGGAGGCCAGAGCCAUGGAGGCCAGAGGACUGGAUGCCAGAGGACUGGAGGCCCGUGCCAUGGAAGCUCGUGCCAUGGAGGCCCGUGCCAUGGAAGCCCGUGCCAUGGAGGCCCGUGCUAUGGAAGCCCGUGCCAUGGAAGCCAGAGGCAUGGAUACCAGAGGCCCAGUACCUGGACCUAGAGGACCUAUGCCUAGUGGAAUCCAAGGUCCCAAUCCAAUGAACAUGGGGGCUGUCGUUCCCCAGGGAACAAGACAGGUCCCAGUCAUGCAGGGAGCAGCCAUGCAAGGAGCGACCAUGCAAGGAGCGACCAUGCAAGGUGGAAGCCAGCCUGGUGGCUUUAGUCCUGGACAGAGCCAAGUCACACCCCAGGAUCAUGAGAAGGCUGCUUUGAUUAUGCAGGUCCUUCAACUCACUGCAGACCAGAUUGCCAUGCUGCCUCCUGAACAAAGGCAGAGUAUCCUAAUCUUAAAGGAACAGAUACAGAAAUCCACUGGGGCACCUUGAAAGGUUCUCAAAAACACCUGGCAACAAAUCUGGAAAUAUAAUUCCAUAACAUUGUUGAAAUGUUGAAAACAUGGUGAAUUCUGCAUCCUAAUCCCCGAUGACUCACAUUGCUGCCAGGUGGAGGACUCACAUCACCAUUUCUCCAAAUGAAAGCAGUUCAUUUUGUUGUCUUAGUUUGUAUAUUUUUUUGUGACAAAAAAGUUUAAACUUUGAACACAAUUUUCACAUACCGCAAAUUGAUAUACAUAACCCUUUUGCUUUUAAGAAGCUAAACACCAAGGCAAAAGCUUAGAUGUGUUUUCUACCCUUACUGCACAUUGUCCUUUAAUCUCCUGUUGCCAUAGCUCUGUUCUUACUUUAGCCUAAACAUUUAUUCUUUUUAAUGAUAUGUGAGUAUUUCUCAGUAGCAAUGUUUUCAGGAACUUUGUUUUUUGUUGAGUUUGCUUUCAGCCCUUUGAAAACUUUCUAGAGUCUCUGAGUUUUCUGGGAGAAAAAAAGCAAGUGUUUAAAACUAUAAAAUGGCCAGAAGGCAAACAGGCAAAGAGCAUACCACAGAAAUGCGUUUGGUUUAGGACAAUCCAAUUACCAGAAUGUGUUGUUUGGUCAGUAGCAGGUCUGAACAUUCGAAGUUCAGAGUUAAGACAAAGGUUGUUUUGGCACUGGUUUGAGUGUGUCUUAACAACCUGAGAGACUGUUGUAAAGCUCUUCUGUCUAGGUAGCCAACUUUACAAGUUUACAAAGCCACUGGUUUUCCACGUGUUCAAAUUUAAUAAGGAAAAUCAAGUGAACAAAAUACAUUUUAUCCCAUCUUUCAAAAAAUCGCAAAGCUUUCGGCCCUGUCCUCUAACUAAAUUUAUUCCAAGCACUUAAAACAGAAAACCCUAAAACUUUGACAUUUUCAAGUCUUUUAAGAGGACCAAGUAUAGAGCACAGAAAGGCAGAUUGUCUGUUAGGGUUGCCUGCUUUUUUCCAAGUACUACCUACUUGAAGAGAAUUAGUGCCAUUAGCCUGUGCUAACCUGCAGGUCUCCUUGCCUUUUGUUCUCCCAUGGUGGCAUUAAGGAGGAGCAUGGCUGCUUUCCACCUGGUCAACCUCAAGACCUUUGAAGAGUUGCCUUAAUAAUUAGUAAAGUUUAUUUACUAGAACUAAUUGUGAGCUUAUUUAUAUUCUCAGAACCCUGCCCUCUGUGUUAGGAUUAUGGGCAGGUGAAUUAAAAUCAUUACUAGGCAUAUAAAGCAUAAUAGCAUUGCUUACAUGCCAAACCAAAAAAUGCAAAAAUAUUAAAAUUGAGGGGUGUUUCCAUAUAUUUACAAUGAAAAUUUGCUGGUAUGUCAGAGUAUAACCUAUCAAGAAAAGUGCAAACCAGCAAGCACUCCCUGUCUAGUUCACUUAUCCCAAGUUCAACUACGAUGUUAAUUAUGCAUGCAGUUCAUUGUUUCCAUUACCUUUUCUGCCUCCUGCAUAAAUAAUCAGUGAUGUGAUGAUUCGAGCAGCUGUCAGAAUUUUAAAGCACCAAUAUUUUUAGACACAGAGAUCUUGAGGAAAAUAUUUCUAGUUAGGAACUUGGGUUUUACACAACAAAUUCCCAAUCAAGAUUCCUGAGGCUGAAGUUAUUUGGUAAGCAGUUGUCUAAUAGAAACCAUCUCCUGGAAAUCCUAGUGUGCAUUUUCCCCAAGCCUCAUUAAACUUAAUGUGGUUAGCAGACAUUGAGGUGAAUAAAUUGACAAGAGCAGUGGCACCCCAAUUUAUCCCUAUGGAAGCACUCACCAGUGUUUUUACUGGUAUAAUAGUACAAUUAGGUACCCCAAAUUCAUGACCUGUGUUUAUUAUGUUCAGACUAGUGACUGAAAAAUGAUCCUGCUAAUCCUUCAAGCCAUAGGUUCCUAGAUAAUUGGAAAUGUAAACUUGUUCACUCUUGGUCAAUUAAUGGUAGAAAAUAGGUGGUCUAGAUUCAGUCUGCCAAAUCUGUGAGUUCAACAGUCUGAGCACACUGAAGUGUGGGAUUUUUCUCCCUGUGAGGAGCCUGGAGCUUCUUUUUCUUGUGAUUCACCAUGACUAACAUCCCAGAAUCAGUGUGGUUAUUGUCCUGGUUGACAGGAAAAAUAAACAUUUUUAUAGGAAAAAAAAUGACAUUCAGUGAAUGAUUCCUCAGUAAGUAACACCUGGAAAAUAGUCAAAAUUAUAAUUUUUUUAUUUUUUUUUAUACCAGACAUUCAUAAACAAACCCCUGUAACAAAAAUAAUGGAGAGCUUCUGUUAAAUUAAGUUAUCCUAUGAUAUAGGCUGGGCCUUCAUAGUUAUUGCAAACGCGGCAAAAUGGCAAUAUAGUUGGCUUCUGAUUAGAAAGCAAAUUUGAUUACAGUUAAUAUACUUCAGAUGGAAAGCCUAGGGAAAUUAACAAAAUUGUUCAAUAAGCGAAGAUGAAAACCUUUCAGUGUUUUGACAAAAGAAAGAAAUGUAAACUGUUGGUCACACUGGAUAAGAUCAUGUUUAACAAUGUACCUAGUGAGUAUGAUAUGGGAGUGGGAAUCUUGGUAAUUUUAUGUUGUUUAUUAUUUAUGAUUAUUGUUUUAUCAUGGAUUCAAUAAAUAUUUUAAAAUUCA